AUGUGUCAUAAACCUCAUAAUUCUUUAUUACAUUUAGAACAGAGUCUGCAAACUAAAGCAAAUAACCCGCAAUCUCCCGGGCCGUCUGCUGCGGUAUUACCUGCAUCACAAGUUUUGAAUGCUAAUUUAAAUAACACGUGCGCUCUAUUACCGACUAUUUGCUUAUUUGUCAAACAUAUUUCGGGGGAAAAAAUUCGUGUACGGUGCAUUCUAGAUACGGGUUCAGAAAUAAAUAUUAUUACCCAAAAGUUAGUGAAUUCUCUAGGUAUAAAUACCGUUCCAAGCUCCGUACAGCUGACUGGAGUUAAUGGCAUCAAUAUAAAUGGCGAUUCAAUUGCACGCGUAUCGAUUUCAAACGAGUCUUCUAGUUUUUCAAAAGAGUUAUCGUUCGCCAUAUUAGAAAAAAUUACAAACAAAGUACCUUCGAAUUACAUAAAUUCGUCCCAGCUAAAUUUACCUGUAGAUGUUACUCUCUCGGACCCGCAGUUUUAUAUACCUGGCGAUAUCGAUACGUUAAUCGGGGUCGGUUCAUUCUUUGAAAUCUUAAGGGGCGAAAGCAUAUCGUUAGGACAUAAUUUGCCGGUUUUACAAAAUUCAGUGUUUGGGUGGUUUGUUUGCGGAUUAGCCUAUCCGAACAAUGGGAACUUGCCAAAUUAUAAAAGAACGUUUAUUGUAAAUAAUCUUACAUUAAAUAAAGCAGUUUCGAGAUUUUGGGAGAUAGAAGAGAUUAAUCACGAAGAAAUUCCAAACUUAGACGAUAGGUUAUGCGAAGAGAAUUUUGUAAAUAACGUAACUAGAAAUAUAAAUGGUCGAUACACCGAAGCUUUACCAUUAAAACCAAAUGCUUCAACAGCUAUAGGCAAAUCAUUGCAACAAGCAAAGCGUAGAUUUUUACAUUUAGAAACUCGCCUAAACAAAAAUGAGAAUUUGAAACGACAAUAUUGCGAUUUUAUUAAUGAAUAUAUUAAAUUAGGGCAUGCUUAUGAAGUUCCUAAUUUCGCACAAAAUAUCUCACAAAAUUCAUUUGCAUAUUACCUGCCCCACCACGCGGUUUUUAAAAAUGGGUGUGACAAAAUCCGAGUUGUCUUUGACGCGUCUGCGAAAACAUCAACAGGCAUUUCUUUGAAUGACGUUCUUUAUACAGGACAAAAAUUACAACAGGAUAUUUUUACUGUCUAA